AAUGACUGACCGUUUGGAGUCGAUAGCAAGACAGAAUGGGUAAGUAGUCUAUCUGUAAGCACAGAUAUUUACCUUAGUGUUGACUUUGGGUGGCUUUAUUUAUGUAUCUUCUAUUAAUUUUUGUUUUGAUUUGUUCCUGCUAGACUGGGCUCUCAUCUCAGUGCCAGUGGCACUGAAUGUUACAUCACGUCAGAUAUGUUCUAUGUGGAAGUGCAGUUAGACCCUGCAGGACAGCUUUGUGAUGUAAAAGUGGCUCACCAUGGGGAGAAUCCUGUGGUACGUGUUGUUGAUAUUUCCCUGGAAUCUGUGGGGUUUACUUAGGGACAUUAACUUAAAGUGAACUGUUGCGGUUUUAAAUAGCUUGGGUUUCGUUUUUUUCAUGAGCCACUGUAGAGAUGAUGUGAUGGGCUACAACAUCAGUAGCUAGAGAAUGGAAUUUAGAAUAAUGUGGGUCCAUUUCUGACAUCAUCCUAGGGCUUUUCACAAGGGGAAACACUGGAGGAGCCCUUUUCAUUUCAUAUCAACAGACAUGAGCCGCAAAUUAACAAUAGGUACUGGGGAUAGGAAGAUAAAUAAUUUGUGGUUCCUGCCCUCAAAGCACUCAUAGUCAAGUAGGACAGAUAAUCUUGUACAUAGCUAACUUCUCUGAAAAAAUCCUGUGAUAGAGAUGAGUGUAAAAUGUUGUGUAACCAGAUAGUUGAUGUGGAUUCCAAGGAUGACAUUAAAGAGAGGUCCUAGUAUUUCAAACAAGCUACUGAAUGUUUAUUUCUUUAUAAACUAUAUAUUUUUAUUUUUAAGUUCCCAUCUUAAUCCCCAUAUUUCACCAAGUAGGAAGAAGAUGUUUUUUGAUCUCUUAAUAUAAGGACUUUCUGUAGUUUUGAUGUUUUUGUUAUAAAGCAUGUGCAGUUACUAAAAGAGAAAAAUUUCUGAUGUCUUCAAAGUGUUACAGUAGUUUAAUGUUUUAAUAUAAUUUUAAUUUCAGAGCUGUCCAGAGCUGGUGCAGCAGUUAAGGUGAGAAAAUGACAUUUCUGUUCCUUUAUGUUGACAGACAAUGUUUUUCUUUACAGCUAGGGUUUGAGACUAGUUAGAAGUUACUUUCCUCAAGAACAAAUUUUUCAGACUCUGUACUUGCUCACUUUCAGAAUUGUCUUAGCUUAGUUUCUUACCCUACUCAAUCCAUGCCAGGGUUUCUCAAUUUCAGCACUAUUGACAUUUUGGAUUGGAAAAUUCUUUGCUGUGAAGGCCUACCCAGUGCAUUGUAGGUUGUUGUAGCAGCAUCCCUGGCCUCUCCUCACUAGUUGAGAGUAGUCUCCUCCAGUUGUGACAAUCAAAAAUAUCACCAGACAUUGCCAAAUAUCUGCUGGAGGGCAAAAUCGCCCCUGAUCUAGCCUUAGGAGUUCUGUGUGGAACAAAAAUAAAUAGAACCUAAUCAUUAAAUCAGAGAGAGUUUGAGAAAAUUGAACCAAUACCAUGAAAAUAAUUUUUUCUCCUUUCAUUUUGAGAAAUUAUUUUACAUUAAGGUGUAUGUGUGAUAAAUUCCUGUCAUAGUGGAAGUGCUAGGCUUGAAGACAGUUACUUUCAGUAAGUGGUAGCUUUUUCCACUAAUUUAUCUUUUCCCUUUGAAUUGUAUGGAAAUUUCCAUGCUUAAAUUUAAACCCAGAAUCAACUUUCUGGGAAUUAGAGAAAAUCAUUGCAUCAGUUUUGUGUUUUAAACAUAGCAGAGUUCUUAGCUACAACAUGGGAUGUCUUAGAAAGGGUGUUAAUAUUGAGGAAAUAAAUUUUACACUCAGCCUUGUCAGUGAUCAGUUUAGUGUCCUUAAUGCCAAAUGCACCAAAUUUGAACCAGCUUCUAAAAAAUUGUAAUACAACAAAAAAAUUAACCUUUUUAUAAUUUUAUUGACUUGAUAAGUCUAGCAAAGGUGAAUUACUAGAAUACUUCAAAAAGGGCCAAUAUUUCUGGCUCUGAAGUGGAGUAAAGGAGCCCUGGUGGUGCAAUGGUUAAGUGCUUGGCUGCUAACCAGAAGGUUGGCAUUUUGAACCUACCAGCUGCUCACAGGAGAAAAGACCUGGUGGUCUGCUCCUGGAAAGACUACAGCCUAGGAAACGUUAGGGAGCAGUCCUACUCGAACCUAUAGGGUCUCUAUGAGUUGCAAUUGCCUCGACGGCACAAAAUAAGAACAACAAAGUGCAGUAGGGGCCGCGUCAGCUUAUGAAUUAAUGGUGUUUUAAAGUUAAUUUGUAAACCUGUUUAGAAAUGGAAUUUCAGAAAGAAUGUUAAAUUGUACACCUUUUUUAUUUUUAACUACGUACAGAUGGUAAUUUUAAGGCAAGGAAUAUAUUUUGCUGUUGCUCUUGUUUCUUAUUAUCUUCUUGUCUAUAUGUAGUAAGAGCUCAAUAAUUGAAUUUUAAAGUAUCCCUCUAGAGAGAGAGAAUCGUUGAGUUUUGUUAGCUUUCUAAGCCUGUCCAUAAGAGCGCUCAUUUAACUAAAGACUGAGAGUCGAAGCCUGAAUAUCGGGUCCUGAGAAGCCAGAGGUCAUAGUAAUAGGAUUUUUUUCCCUUUGGGGCAUGCCUGGUUGUAGGAAUAUUUUGGAAUAUGUGAAGUUUGUCUCCACCCCCUUCUCUCUAGGUCUCCUGUCUAUCUCCUAAUAUUCAUUUUUCUUCUCACCUCUUUGCUGUCAUGUUGCCAUAAACCUGCAAGUAUUCUGUCUUCUCAGUUUAUUUAUUUCCCAUUAUCUCUCUUUUAAUAAAAAAUUUUAUUUCCUCAUUAUAUCUAAUCUCAGUUAUGUAUAAGAUGAAAGGAAAGUGACUUAUUAAAACCAAGUCUUAUUAUUUCGGAGCUAAUUCAUUAGUAUAUGAAUUAUCGGGUCCUUUUGAUCUCUAUACAGCUUAUUAGCACCUUCUACAGAAAAAUGAGGCAGAGAGAGAAAGGGAAAAAUUUCAUUUUCUUUUGUACUUCUGAUUAACUUUGGGAAACUUAAAAAGAUUAAAACAAAUGAUUAAAACCAGAGUUUUAUAUAGCCAUUAUUUUUGGCUCUUUUCUGUAAGAUCUAGUGGUAAUUAUAUGUUGUAAUUCUCCCCCUUUCCUUGAACUCCCUAUAGGGAAAAAAAUUUUGAUGAAUUCUCUAAGCAUCUUAAGGGUCUUGUUAAUCUGUAUAAUCUUCCAGGUGACAACAAACUGAAGACUAAAAUGUACUUGGCUCUCCAAUCCUUAGAACAGGAUCUAUCUAAAAUGGCAAUUAUGUACUGGUCAUUUAAUGAACUUGAAGUAUUAUGCCUCUCCCUCUGACCUACUGGAUGAUAAGACUACAUCUCCCAUCAUUUUGCAUGAGAAUACUGUUCCUCGAUGUUUGGGUAUGAAUGCAUCAGUGACAAUUGAAGGAACAUCCUCUAUGUACAAGCUCCCAAUUGCACCAUUAAUUAUGGGGUCACAUCCAGUUGACAACAAGUGGACCCCCUCCUUUUCCUCAAUCACCAGUGCCAACAGUGUUGAUCUUCCUGCCUGUUUUUUCUUGAAAUUUCCCCAGCCAAUCCCAGUAUCUAGAGCAUUUGUUCAGAAACUUCAGAACUGCACAGGAAUUCCAUUGUUUGAAGCCCAACCAACUUAUGUACCCCUCUAUGAACUCAUCACUCAGUUUGAGCUGUCAAAGGACCCUGACCCCAUACCUUUGAAUCACAACAUGCGAUUUUAUGCGGCUCUCCCAGGCCAGCAGCACUGCUAUUUCCUCAACAAGGAUGCUCCUCUUCCAGAUGGCCGAAGUCUACAGGGAACCCUUGUUAGCAAAAUCACUUUUCAGCACCCUGGCCGGGUUCCUCUUAUCCUAAAUCUGAUCAGACACCAAGUGGCCUAUAAUACCCUAAUUGGAAGCUGUGUCAAAAGAACUAUUCUGAAAGAAGAUUCUCCUGGACUCCUCCAAUUUGAGGUGUGUCCCCUCUCAGAGUCUCGUUUCAGUGUGUCUUUUCAGCACCCUGUAAAUGACUCCCUGGUGUGUGUGGUAAUGGACGUGCAGGACUCAACACAUGUGAGCUGUAAACUCUACAAGGGGCUGUCAGAUGCACUCAUCUGCACAGAUGACUUCAUUGCCAAAGUUGUUCAAAGAUGUAUGUCCAUCCCUGUGACGAUGAGGGCUAUUCGGAGGAAAGCUGAAACCAUUCAGGCCGACACCCCAGCCCUGUCCCUCAUUGCAGAAACAGUUGAAGACAUGGUGAAAAAGAACCUGCCCCCGGCUAGCAGCCCAGGGUAUGGCAUGACCACAGGCAACAACCCAAUGAGUGGUACCACUACACCAACCAACACCUUUCCGGGGGGUCCCAUUACCACCUUGUUUAAUAUGAGCAUGAGCAUCAAAGAUCGGCAUGAGUCGGUGGGCCAUGGGGAGGACUUCAGCAAGGUGUCUCAGAACCCAAUUCUUACCAGUUUGUUGCAAAUCACAGGGAACGGGGGGUCUACCAUUGGCUCGAGUCCGACCCCUCCUCAUCACACGCCGCCACCUGUCUCCUCGAUGGCCGGCAACACCAAGAACCACCCGAUGCUCAUGAACCUUCUUAAAGACAAUCCUGCCCAGGAUUUCUCAACCCUUUAUGGAAGCAGCCCUUUAGAAAGGCAGAACUCCUCUUCUGGCUCACCCCGGAUGGAAAUGUGCUCGGGGAGCAACAAGACAAAGAAGAAGAAGUCAUCAAGAUUACCACCUGACAAACCCAAGCACCAGACUGAAGAUGACUUUCAGAGGGAGCUAUUUUCAAUGGAUGUUGACUCACAGAACCCUAUCUUUGAUGUCAACAUGACAGCUGACACUUUGGAUACUCCACAUAUCACUCCAGCUCCAAGCCAGUGUAGCACUCCCCCAACAACUUACCCACAACCAAUACCUCACCCCCAGCCCAGUAUUCAAAGGAUGGUCCGACUGUCCAGUUCAGACAGCAUUGGCCCAGAUGUAACUGAUAUCCUUUCAGACAUUGCAGAAGAAGCCUCUAAGCUUCCCAGCACUAGUGAUGACUGCCCACCCAUUGGCACCCCUGUUCGAGAUUCUUCAAGCUCUGGGCAUUCUCAGAGUGCCCUCUUUGACCCUGAUGUCUUUCAAACCAAUAAUAAUGAAAAUCCAUACACUGAUCCAGCUGACCUUAUUGCAGAUGCUGCUGGAAGCCCCAGUAGUGACUCUCCUACCAAUCAUUUUUUUCCUGAUGGAGUAGAUUUCAAUCCUGAUUUAUUGAACAGCCAAAGCCAAAGUGGUUUUGGAGAAGAAUACUUUGAUGAAAGCAGCCAAAGUGGGGAUAAUGAUGAUUUCAAAGGAUUUGCAUCCCAGGCACUAAAUACUCUGGGGGUGCCAAUGCUUGGAGGUGAUAAUGGAGACACUAAGUUUAAAGGCAAUAGCCAAGCUGAUACCGUUGAUUUCAGUAUUAUAGCAGUGGCUGGUAAGGCUUUGGGUCCUGCAGAUAUUAUGGAGCAUCAUAGUGGUAGCCAGAGUCCUUUAUUGACCACUGGGGACUUAGGCAAAGAAAAGUCUCAAAAGAGGGUAAAGGAAGGCAAUGGCACCAGUAAUAGUAGUCUGUCAGGGCCAGGAUUAGACAGCAAGCCAGGGAAACGCAGUCGGACCCCUUCUAAUGAUGGCAAAAGCAAAGAUAAGCCUCCAAAGCGGAAGAAGGCAGACACUGAGGGAAAAUCUCCAUCUCACAGUUCUUCUAACCGACCUUUCACCCCACCUACCAGUACAGGUGGAUCCAAAUCUCCAGGCAGCUCAGGAAGAUCUCAGACUCCCCCAGGUGUUGCUACACCACCCAUUCCCAAAAUCACUAUUCAGAUUCCCAAGGGGACAGUGAUGGUGGGCAAGUCCUCCUCUCACAAUCAGUACACCAGCAGUGGUUCUGUGUCUUCCUCAGGCAGUAAAAGCCACCAUAGCCAUUCUUCUUCCUCCUCGUCCUCUGCUUCCGCCUCAGGCAAGAUGAAAAGCAGUAAAUCAGAAGGUUCAUCCAGUUCCAAGUUAAGUAGCAGUAUGUAUUCUAGCCAAGGGUCUUCUGGAUCUAGCCAGUCCAAAAAUUCAUCCCAGUCUGGGGGGAAGCCAGGCUCCUCUCCCAUUACCAAGCAUGGACUGAGCAGUGGCUCCAGCAGCACCAAGAUGAAACCUCAAGGGAAGCCAUCAACACUUAUGAAUCCUUCUCUAAGUAAACCAAACAUAUCCCCGUCUCAUUCAAGGCCACCUGGAGCCUCUGAUAAGCUUUCCUCUCCAAUGAAGCCUAUUCCAGGGACUCCCCCAUCCUCUAAAGCCAAGUCCCCUAUCAGUUCAGGUUCUGGUGGUUCUCAUAUAUCUGGAACUAGUUCAAGCUCUGGCAUGAAAUCAUCUUCAGGGUUAGGAUCCUCAGGGUCAUUGUCCCAGAAAACUCCUCCAUCAUCUAAUUCUUGUACAGCAUCUUCCUCUUCCUUUUCCUCAAGUGGCUCUUCCAUGUCAUCCUCUCAGAACCAGCAUGGGAGUUCCAAAGGGAAAUCUCCCAGCAGAAAUAAGAAGCCGUCCUUAACAGCAGUCAUAGAUAAACUGAAGCAUGGAGUUGUCACCAGUGGCCCUGGAGGGGAAGACCAGAUGGAUGGCCAGAUGGGGGUGAGCACAAAUUCUAGCCAUUCCAUGUCCUCCAAACAUAACAUGUCAGGAGGAGAGUUCCAGGGCAAGCGUGAGAAAAGUGAUAAAGACAAAUCAAAGGUUUCCACCUCGGGGGGCUCAGUGGAUUCUUCCAAGAAGACUUCAGAGUCAAAAAAUGUGGGGAGCACAGGUGUGGCAAAGAUUAUCAUCAGCAAACAUGAUGGAGGGUCCCCCAGCAUUAAGGCCAAAGUGACUCUGCAGAAACCUGGCGAAAGUAGUGGAGAAGGGCUCAGGCCUCAGAUGGCCUCUUCCAAAAACUAUGGCUCUCCACUCAUCAGUGGUUCCACUCCAAAGCAUGAGCGUGGCUCUCCCAGCCAUAGUAAGUCACCAGCAUACACCCCCCAGAAUCUGGACAGUGAAAGUGAGUCAGGCUCCUCCAUAGCAGAAAAAUCUUAUCAGAACAGUCCCAGCUCAGAUGAUGGCAUCCGACCACUUCCAGAAUACAGCACAGAGAAGCAUAGGAAGCACAAAAAAGAAAAGAAGAAAGUAAAAGACAAAGACAGGGACCGGGACCGGGAUAAAGACCGAGACAAGAAAAAAUCUCAUAGCAUCAAGCCAGAGAAUUGGUCUAAAUCGCCCAUCUCUUCAGACCAGUCCUUGUCUAUGACAAGUAACACGAUCUUAUCUGCAGACAGACCCUCAAGGCUCAGCCCUGACUUUAUGAUUGGGGAGGAAGAUGAUGAUCUUAUGGAUGUGGCCCUGAUUGGCAAUUAGGAACUUUAUUUUCUAAAACAAAACACAUGGCCAGAGAAAAGCAAAUAGUAUGUUUGUGGGAAAACCACCAUAAGGGGUGAGUCAGACAGGUCUGAUUUGUGUUUAAAAAUUUGAAAUGGCAUGGCUUUGACACUGAGCUGGGUGAAUUUAGAAAGGCAUAGCCAGACCCUACUAAAAAGACCACAGGGUUUGAUUCUGGUUACCAAGAAUUCCUUGUUCCUUUGCCAGAAAAGAUAAAAGUUAAUAUAC